AGGACUUUGUGUUAUCUUUGUGGCUCAGCAGGAAAGCAGGAGGUCUGAGCAAUUAAAAAUUUUUUUUGUUUAUUUCAAUUUUUACUAGUAAUUUUCAUGUUAUCUGUGUCAAAUAUUUGUUAAGUUAGGUGCUUAAGUUUUCAGAAGCUCGCUUAGAUUUGAGGGUUUUGAGUAUUAUUAUAUUAUAAACCAGGAACCAAUGAUCAAUCGAUGUGAAGGACUUAGCAUUUCAGUUAUAAGAUCACUAAUUUAAACGAGGUUUUAUCAUAAUCUAUGUAUAUUAUAAUAAGUAUUGUAUAAGUUUUGUUCAGCUUUAUAAUUCCAUUUCUCUCCAGUUGAUUUUCUGCAUAGUUUGCUGUCAGCCAUACCACAAUUUUUGCCUGGAGGAAGAUGAAAGGCCAGACAAUAGUGAGGGUGAGGAAGGUGAAGAAGCCUCUGGUGAAGACACCCAUCAGCAUGGCACAAACAACUCAACUCUCACCUGGUGCUGUCGAAGAUGCCAGUUUUGUCAUGUUUGUGGACAGCAGAAUGGAUUAUUGAAGGUUCCGUUCUACUGUUAUAUUCACUAGCUAUAAAAUGCAUAUUGAUUAUAAAAUGUGUUGUAAAAAUUUAAAAAAUGAGCAAAUCUAAGAAUUAAAAGAUUAAAGUUAGUUAGAUUAAGUUAGUUUAUCCUAAUAUGCUAUAUUUUUUAGUGCCAUAGAUGUAAAGACACUUAUCAUCCCGAGUGUCUUGGUCCCAACUACCCAACCCGUCCCUCACGUAAAAAUAUUUGGGUGUGCACCAAAUGUGUGCGCUGUAAAAGCUGUGGUGCCACCACU